CGGGCGCCGCCCGCCGGCCCGCCCGCCCGGCGCCGCUGCCGCCCUCGGUGCCCGCGCCGCCCGCCCGCCCGCCUGGUGCUCGGCGCUGCCGGUGCGAGCGGUCGGUGCUGCCGCCGCCGCCCCGGGAUGUACGCCGGGCGGAAAAGGAAGAAGCCGGUGCCGAAGAGCCCCAAAACACCACUUGAGUGUGUGAAGUCCAAUCCCUCCAAACGGCAUCGAGACCGGCUCAACCAGGAGCUGAACAAGCUGACUGGCUUGCUGCCCUUCCCUGAAGAUGUACGCACCAGGCUCGAUAAACUCUCCAUCCUCCGACUGGCUGUGGGAUACCUGAAGGUGAAGAGCUACUUCAUGGCUUCUGGGACGGAUGUUGGCAGCCAUGUGCUGGAUCAGCCCAAGGCUCCAAGAGGGAAUGGACGGACAUAUCUGCAAGCCAACAGGGCGUCAUUUCCUGAAGGGGACCUUCUGCUCCAGGCACUCAAUGGAUUUCUCAUCACCGUGAGUGGAGAUGGCUGUAUCUUCUAUGUCUCCCCUACAGUGCAGGACUUCCUGGGGUUUCAUCAGUCGGAUCUCAUCUACCAGAGUGUGUACGAACUGAUCCACAUAGAUGACAGAGCCACCUUCCACUGCCAGCUCCACUGGGCCUUGAACCCUCCUGCACCCAGCAGGGCCAAGUACACUGCCCAUGUCAUGCCUGUGGGCCAGACUCUGACAGCUGGAUACAGCACCAUGUACAGCCCCCAGCACCUCCCCCCUGAGAACACUUCCUUCAUGGAGAGGAGUUUCAUCUGCCGUCUCCGCUGCUUACUGGAUAACUCCUCAGGAUUUCUGGCCUUGAAUUUCCAUGGACGCUUGAAAUUGCUUCAUGGGCUGCAGAAGAGGGCAUCCAGUAGGUCCUCAGUGCUUCCCCAACUGGCUCUCUUUGCCAUCGCAACUCCCCUCCAGCCAUUCUCAAUCCUGGAGCUUCAGACCAAGACGUUCAUCUUCCAGACAAAGCAUAAGCUGGACUUUACUCCAACUGCCUGUGAUUCCAGGGGGAAGGUUGUGCUGGGAUAUACGGAAACAGAGCUGUGUAUGAGGGGAUCCGGAUACCAGUUUGUGCACGUGGCUGACAUGAUGUACUGCGCGGAGAACCACGUGAGAAUGAUGAAGACAGGGGAGAGUGGCCUGACAGUUUUCAGGCUACUGACCAAGAAGGCUGGCUGGGUCUGGGUCCAGGCCAAUGCCAGGCUGGUGUACAAAGGAGGCCAGCCUGACUGCAUCAUCGCCAGACAGCGGGCCCUCUCAAAUGAAGAAGGGGAGGAACAUCUGCGGAAGCGAAACCUGCAGCUGCCUUUUAGUUUUGCCACAGGGGAAGCAGUCUUAUAUGGCAAUGACCUUCCUGAUUUCCUGGAUUCCUUCCAGACUAAGGAGGAGUUUCAGACAAAUAAAGACUCCCACAUGGAACAGUGCUCAGUAGACCCCAGUUCUCUUCUUGAGGCCAUGAAGAAGCAGGAUGCAUCUGUGUAUGUCUCUCAUGCUGAUAAUGUGCUGCAGUUCCCCUUGACAGAUCUCAUCAGUGAGCCUGAUGGGCCAGGCCAGGAGAAGAAAGCUAGCGACACCAAGGAGGACAGCGACUCCCUCCUGGUCAUCAUUGAAACCCUCUUUGAGAAAAGUGAGGUGGACGGGAACAUCUGCCAGACCCUCCAGAACCUCAGUGCGGACAACAUGGAGCUGCAGCAGUGGGAGGAGACUGUGUUUGGCUUGGGUGCAGAGCAGCUGACAUCUCAGAACACUGGUGAGAGGCUGGGCAGUGGGGCGAAUGCCUACACGGAACAGAUGCCAUUCAGGAAGGACACUGGGAAGAGCAUGGACUUCCCACACUGCAGUGCAACGGUGGCCUCCUGCAGUGAGGAAAGCAGUCGUGCAGCUCUCUGGGCAAUUAGUUCAGCAGCUCCUGUACCACUGGGGUUUCAAACACCACUGCAGUGUCAGGCACCUGAUGCACAAGACCAAGAUGCUGUGGUCUCUCUUGUCUCCAUUAUGUCCAAGGGCAACUCUGCUCAACCCGAACAGCAGGUGCCAUUUAACCCAGCUGGGCUCGUGAAAGGAACCACCCCAGGUACUUCAGGCUCCCGAAGCAAGCCAUCUGUAACAGGUCAGCUGGCAAACCCAGGACAAUUGUUUCAAGGAAAAGAUACCAGCUCCCUUCCUGCAGACAGCAUUGUUCCUAAAAAUCAGAGCCAGACAGGGUGCCAGCUGAUGGGCUCAGGCUAUCCACCUCCAUUGGAUUCAAAUGCAUUAGUGACUCAGUGGCACAAUACUCCAGUCCUGGCAAACCCAGCCAAUGCUUUGGGGCAGAGCAUCGCUCCAGGAGAUUGCCCAUCAGAAGCUUGGGUGACUGUGGCUCCAAAAAAGCUGGGAGUGGUAGGAAUGCAGAUGGAGUCACAGCAAACUGCUCUGGCUGGUAACCAGCAGAGCGUGCUUGGCUCCCCAGAGGCUGGGCUGCGCUUGUCGCCUUUGCAACCCGCUCCUUGGCCUGAACAGGACUUGCGCAAGUCUUGCACAGUCCAGUUCUCUGCAAUUGAGGACCUCCGUAAUGCAGCAGCAGCUCUCCCUGUGCGAGAAUCAAAGCCAUUAGAAGCUGGCCAGCAGCCAGGAAAUGGGAACUUCCCCAAACAGCCUUCUGCUCCGCCCACAGUGUCCAGCUUUUACUGGGAAGGGGACUGGGUGAUGCUCCAAGAGGACAAGUGGUUAAUGCAGCCCCGGCCACAACUUGUGCAGGCUGGGACACAUCCUCAGGGAUGCAGUGAGCUAAUUCCAGUGCAACACAACAGCAUCCUGCUGGAUAAUAGCAUGGACCCAAACACCCAGCAGACAGAACACACUGUGCUGCCUCAGUGGGAGUAUGGCAAUAGCAAGGGCUUCUUUAAACAUCAAAAUACCUUUCUUAAGGAUGUCCCUAAAAUAUCCCUUCCCCAGCGCCCAAGCACUUUGUCUUGCCACAGUGAGAGCCACCCUGGAGCAUCACAUUACUCGUCAGGACCCAUGCUGGGUUGCUCAACAACUCUCCCUGUGGAGGUAGGUGCAAAAGCACCCUCCCCUGAGCUAGGGCCUUGCUUUCCAUCAGUGUCCUUCACAGACAGACAGGCAGGUGGGCAGCCACUCUGUGCUUGAAAUGUUCAGUUCAAGGUGAGGUGUGAAGGCUGCGGGACCUAAGAGGCACCUGUUUGCACACGUGGAGCAAGGGGUGGUGAGCAGGGGUACAUGGUGACAGAUGGGGUGUUGUUUGCUGGCAGUUGUAGCUGUCUGUGCACCCUUUGUGUGAUGAAGCCAUCUGGCUUCCAGGCUCCUGAGCAAGAAAAAUGCCCAGAAAUGCUUCAGACCACAAGGAUAGCUCUAAGUAACAGGCCCGUUUCUUUGAAUUAAUAUUUUUAGAAUAUUUUCCUGACCCUUCUUCCAGCCAGCUCUUUAAAACUGUGUAGGAAAAGUCUGUUUUCAAACCUCAUUGUUCACUAGUAUCUGCAGUUUGGGAGCCAUAUUUUGAAAAGUAUCUGGCAAUUACGGGCUUUUCUGUACUUGGCCAGGCACCCCCUCAAGUGAUGCCGCAUACUUCCUGGUCAGUCAGGAUUUUAUCUUCCAGUGCCUGAAAUGAGGUGCUGCAGCAGACCUUCAGGUAGCAUAGUAUGAAGUGUUUUGCAGCUUCUCCAUGAGAAUUUAUUCAGGGAAAUGCAGCCAUGUUGGAAGGGAGGUUUGUCUCUCUCUUGGGGUCCAAGGAAGGAGGAAUCAUGGAUAUGUCUCUCCUGCAGUGAUGAUGUCAGCCACCAGCAGGCAAAGGAAUCUGAAAGAGGGGUUCUGAGAGAGCCUGACCUCCCAGCCCAGGGACAAUAUUCAUAUAUUGGCAUGAGUAUCAGCUGCUGAGACACAGCUGGAGUUUGCAGUGAAAUCUUCCUUUCCUUCUCAUCAUGGUGUAAGACCUCCUUCCCUACUUGCUGGCCAGCAAGCUCCUAGGAGGCUCUUGCAGACUGGCCAGCCAGUCUGGCUUUGCAGGCACACACCAUUAAACUGCUGUUUCUAUAAGCAGCGUAGUCUCACCAUCACCCAUGUGUGUGGAUCAUCCCAGACUGACUGAACACCUCUGCUCUGCUCCUUGCUCCCUGUCUCCAUCCCUUCCUCUUCUUCCCUUGUGAUCAGGACAUAGCCCAACCCCAAGGUGACCCUGCUUCCUUAAAAAGGGGGAUGUUAUAAAGCACUUUGAGAAGCUCAGCAGCCUCUGAAGGGUCUCACAGGGAGGUGGAGUUGGCUACAGUAGAGGCAUAUCAUGUUUUUGGCCUCCUCAGCUAUCUUUUCUGGGGAAUCUUGGAGGAAUGGGUACAAACCAGUCCAUGACCUUCCCCAUUCAGCCGAGUAGAGAAGGUCCAGCUGAUCUCCAUUCUGCUCACCCUGGAUGUGCCACUGACUUGUCUUUGCCUUGCCUUCCUUUCUUGUGCUCAGCAGUGCCACCAGACGGAGGAACCCCCUGCGAUGGAGUUUACCCCUGCAGUUGCUAAGGAUGGCAUGCUCUUCCCAAAGUCCUGAUAAAGAAAGGAAGUGAGAGAGCCAGUGACUGUCUUCUGCCUUUCCACUUUGGACUGACUUUGUGGCCUUAAAACUGUUGUCCUGGAAGACCAGGACAACCACUUAUUUAAAUUUCCUUUUAUUGUAUUUCUACCAAAGGAGUAAUUUUUUUUCACCAUGGGCCAAAUUCUCCCAAAUAUGGCAGGGAAAGUCCACAGAAAAAAGAAUGAGGAUGAAGAUGAGGAAUUUGGUUUGAGGCCAGAUGUGGCAAGCGCCAGGUCAGUCGGAGAUGUCAGAGGGGCUGGGGACCUCCAGAUCUACCCCCUUAUGUCCGUUAUGCUGAGCUUCACAUCCCAGGCCUGUCCCCUGUGCUUCUUGCACCAGUGUCAAGUGGGUACUGCUUUUUCUCAUGUGGCAUAGUUACCAGCGGAGCAAUGUGCCAUAGACUGACAAGUCUUUUUGUGUACCAGUGUGCUUCUUUGGUAUUUUCCCCAUGUGCUUCUAAGGUGUUGGCUUUGUGGCAUUAGCCUUCUACUUGGACAGUCAGAGGAAAAGCCACAUCAGAUGCUGUACUCAAAAUGUAGUUUGAUCCUCUGGUCUUCCAUUUGCAUUUAACUAGCAGGCUCCAGGGCUCAGCCACGAAUUCAGGGACUGAAAUUUGGUCUUUGAGCUCUCAGCUGUUCCAAACGUGUUCCCUCUCC